AUGCCUUCGCCAAUUGUUACUGCUACCGUUCAGGCUGCGGCCUUAUCGACGGUCUCUAACCUCUUUGCCCAGAUGAUUGAGGCUCGCCAACAAAAUCGCCCAGCAUCCCUAGACGUCGUGCAACUACUACGCUUCGUCACCCUCACACUAAUGACCGCCCCUCCCAACUAUCACUGGCAAGCAUUCUUGGAGCGCCAAUUCCCUGCCUACCCUGCUGGCCAGGGACCUCAGCUCGGGCGCCUGGCCGAUCUUGAGAUGCAGUCGGGUGACGACGCGCCGGAGCUCAAGGAGGGUUACGAAGAGCGCAUGGCGCAAAUCACCAAGGACAGAGAAUCCAAGUUUAGCACGCGCAACACGCUGACCAAGUGGUUCGUUGAUUGCAUCACUGCUGGUGCGAUCAUGAACACAGUUACGUUUUUGGUGAUUAUGGGCUUGCUCAAAGGACAGGGUGGUUCUCAGAUCUGGACCAAUAUCAAGACGGAAACGAUUCCCAUUAUUGUUGCCGGUUACAAGAUUUGGCCGAUUGCGUCUAUCAUCAGUUUCAGUUUCAUUCCUGUUCAUCGACGGAUCGUCUUUUUGAGCUUCAUCGGUCUAAUUUGGGGAAUCUAUAUGAGUCUGGUAGCUUCAAGGGUUUAG